UUUUUUUCGUUAUCAAAGUGAAGAAAAAUAAAAUCUUGCAAGUUGUUAGUCUCAUACCAAAUUUCUUCAUCUCGUAUAAAAAUGCGGUUGAUAAUAUUGCACUACUACUGCAUUAUUAAUUUCGCAGCUCCAAAAUGUCAGUCUUCAGUCUAUUUUCCCUUCUCAUUGUGCUUCAUUACAAUAUUGCAUCUUCCGCACGCCCCUUAUUUCCAACAUCCGAAGCUAUAGGAUGGUAAAUUAAGUAGCUCUUUUCUGUAGAGUUGAACUCUAGUUCAUUUUUAUCUCAUUAUGUGUUUUGUUCAUGUUAAAAAAGGCGUUCGAUGAAGAACUCGACUGAUCAAGCUGGAGCUGGAACAGGGUCAGGAUCAUCAUGUAGAACAGGCAAUCCAAUUGAUGAUUGCUGGAGAUGUGAUCCUGACUGGGAAUCCAACCGAAAAGUACUGGCCGAUUGCGCUAUUGGAUUCGGGCGCAAUGCAGUUGGUGGCCGGGAUGGCGAAUUCUACAUUGUCACCACUGAAGAUGAUGAUCCCAAGAAUCCAACCCAAGGGAUGCUUCGGCAUGCAGUGAUUCAGGACGAGCCCCUCUGGAUCAUAUUUGACCAUGAUAUGGACAUACACCUUACAGAAGAACUAAUGAUGAACUCUUACAAAACCAUUGACGGACGAGGACGUUCAAUUCAAAUCUCAAAUGGACCGUGUAUCACAAUCCAGAAUGUCACAAAUAUCAUUAUUCAUGGGAUUUAUGUACACCAUUGUAGGCAAGCUGGGAAUGCAGUGAUCACUGAUGGACCUAAGCAUUAUGAAUUGAGGGGAAUUUCUGAUGGGGAUGGGAUUUCGCUUUUUCAUGCUAGGGAUAUCUGGAUUGACCAUUGUACACUUUCCAGAUGCCAUGAUGGGCUCAUUGAUGCAGUCGUUGGAUCGACCGCGAUAACCAUCUCAAAUAAUUACAUGUUUAAUCAUAAUGAGGUGAUGCUUUUGGGUCACAGCGAUAAUUAUACUGCUGAUAAGAGUAUGCAAGUUACCAUUGCCUUCAAUUACUUUGGUGAAGGCCUCAUUCAGAGAAUGCCCAGGUGUAGGCAUGGGUACUUUCAUAUAGUGAACAACGUAUAUACUGGAUGGGAAAUGUAUGCAAUAGGAGGGAGUGCAGAUCCAACCAUCAACAGCCAGGGUAAUGUGUUCAUUGCAUCAGAAGAUACUCAAACAAAAGAGGUCACAAAACGUGACAGCCCAUUGGGAUAUGAGGAGUGGAAAAAUUGGAAUUGGAGAUCAGAUGGAGAUCUGUUGCUGAAUGGGGCAACAUUUAAGACUUCUGGUGAAGUUGAAUCAGAAAGCUACACCAAAGCAUCAAGCAUGGUGGCAAGGCCAGCUUCCCUCCUCACUAACAUUGUGCCUUUCUCAGGGGUUCUAAAUUGCAAGAUUGGUCAACUCUGCUAGCAUAUAUUUUUAGUACCCUGUUUGUAGUUUUCCUAUAUUCUUCUUUUUCUUUUCUUUUUUUUUUAAAUUUUAUUUUUUCAAUAGAGAUUGCUUGAUAAUUUUUAGUUUCUAUUCCAAUGUAAAGUAAUUAAAUUAUAAGCCUUUCAACAUGUAACAAACUAUUCACUUGGACCAAGAUAAUAUUGCAUUAUCAAUUUUUUAAGGUACAAAUUAUAAAUGCAUGCGCAAAUUGAAAUGGACUGACCGAAC